AUGAAUGCGCGCAACAAUAAGGAUUAUGUCAAUUACCUUACCUACAUCUUCAGCACGCCGCAGCUGGGCCAAACUCUGAAUCUCGCCGCACCCAGUCUCUUCCUCAUCCGCUAUGCUGCAGCCGUCAACCUCAAGAACCACAUAAAACUGUUCUAUAGCCAAAUUCCAAAGGAUCAGUUGGCAUACAUCAAGGCCGCCACACUCAACGUUCUUCGCGACCAGAAUUCGCAGUUGCGCAGCUUCGCUGGCACUGUAAUCACUGAGACGGUCCAACAGGGCGGUCUGCUGCAAUGGCCGGAGAUCCUGCAAGAGCUGCUGGCGCUCGUGGGUAACACCAGCGGAAAUGUCACGGGAGAAACGCAGGAAGGUGCGAUGGGCGCUCUGGCGAAGGUUUGCGAGGAUAACCGAAAAUUGCUCGACAAGGAAUUCCAAGGUCAACGACCCAUGAGUGUCAUUGUGCCGAAACUGCUCGAAUUCGCUGUUCACCCAAACCCUAAAAUCAGGGUAUUUGCGCUCAGUACUUUGAAAUCGUUCAUUCCGCAAAAGUCCCAGGUGCUUUUCUCGGCCCUGGACGUCUAUCUGCAGACUAUUUUCCAACUCGCUUCGGAUCCGGAUGUGCAAGUCAGACGCAUAGUUUGCCAGUCACUUGUACAACUGGUGGAUUCGAGACCAGACAUGCUGGCGCCUCAUCUCGAGGGACUGGUCAAUUAUAUUCUUACCCAACAACAGUCCGCGGAUCAUGCGGAUCUUGCAUUGGAUGCGGCCGAGUUCUGGUUGAGCGUUGGGGAACAAGAUCAAUUGCGAGAUCAAAUGGGACCUUAUCUGGAAAAGAUCAUUCCUGUGCUCCUUGCGGGAAUGGUAUACGGGGAAGAGGACGCCUUCAGACUCGGCGGUGAAGAAGAUAAUGCCGACGUCGAGGAUCGUGCGGAAGACAUCAAACCUCAAUUUGCCCAGACCAAGGCGGGAAGAGGCGUUGUUUCAGCCGAGAAGGAGGAGAGUCAGCCUGGAACGCCACAAGCCAAUGGGACAUCACAAACUAAGAACGAUCUGAGCGACGGGGAAGUCGAGGAGGAAGACGAAGACGAAGAUGAAUGGGAUGAUGAGGACCCUGAGAACGCGUGGAGUUUGCGAAAAUGCUCUGCCGCAGCGCUGGAUGUGUUCGCAGUCAACUACCACUCGGCCGUCUUCAACAUCAUUCUGCCGUACCUCAAGGAAAACCUUUCACACACUCUCUGGCCGAAACGCGAAGCCGCAGUCCUCGCUCUUGGCGCCAUCGCCGAAGGAUGCAUGGACGUUGUCUCUCCUCAUCUGCCCGAGCUCGUUCCCUUCCUCAUCUCUCUCUUGUCAGACGAGGAACCCGUUGUUCGUCAAAUUACUUGUUGGUGCCUGGCACGUUACUCCGAGUGGGCUGCUCGUCUGGAUUCCCAGGCUGACAAACAGCGCUACUUUGAACCCAUGAUGGAGGGCCUCCUUCAGCGCAUGCUCGACCCGAACAAGAAAGUCCAAGAAGCUGGAGCUAGUUCCUUCGCAUCUCUUGAGGAGAAAUCUGGGGACAAGUUGAAGCCGUAUGUCGAACCUAUUUUACGGCAAUUCACAGAGUGCUUCAGACGGUACAAGGAUAAAAAUAUGUACAUCCUAUACGACUGCCUGCAAACACUCGCCGAUAAUGUUGGCUCGCAGAUAGCCGAACCGGAACUCGUCAGCCUCCUCAUGCCCGUGUUGAUUGAGCGAUGGAACAAAAUUUCAGACGAUUCCCGAGAAAUGUUCCCUUUGCUCGGCUGCUUAGGGUAUAUUGCCAUGGCCUACGGCGACAUGUUCGCACAGUUCGCACCUCCUAUCUUCGACCGGUGCAUCAAACUCAUUUACGCAAACAUCCAACAGCACAUGGCCUUUAUGAGCGGUCAGACCGUCGAUCAACCAGACAAGGACUUCGUUGUGACAGCAUUGGAUCUUCUUAGUGCGAUCAUCCAAGCUAUUUCUCCGGAAAAGUCGGCGCCGCUCGUACAGAGCUCGCACUCUCAGUUCUUUGAUCUAUUGGCUUUCUGCAUGGAAGACGCCACCACGGAUGUGCGUCAGUCCGCGUACGCCGUAUUGGGUGACUGCGCGAUCGCCCUCUACCCCAGCUUGGAUCCCUACCUGCCCAAACUCAUUCCGAUUCUGAUCAGACAACUGGACCUCGACGCCAUCCCGGACACAGACUCCGAAAAUGGCUUCAACGUCCUCGCGAACGUAUGCUGGAGCAUGGGCGAAAUUGCGGCGAGAGCACCGACCAGCACAAUCUCGCCUCUGAUCGAACCACUGUAUCGCGGCCUGCUGUCACUGAUCACGAACGAAGAAGUUCCUGAUGCAGCAAGUGAGAAUGCCGCAACCGCUUUGGGAAGACUCGGUCUGCCGUGUCCGGACAAUCUCGCGCCUUUCUUGUCCGAGUUUGCGGAACCUUUCUUGCAGUCCAUGUCCAAAAUUAGCACGUCGCACGAGAAGGCCUCGGCGUUUAUGGGGUUCAACAACAUUCUGGAAAAGAAUCCUCAGGCCAUGGAAUCCAGUCUGGCACUGUACUUUUCAACGAUCGGACAGUUUCCCCUGAAAGGCAGGCAGGGACAGGAAUACACCGACGUGCGCGCCAGCUUUUCGAGAGUUAUCAACGGCCUCGCGGGCUUGAUCGGUCAGGAGAGGUUCGAGGGCUUCAUUGCCGGGUUGGCGGUCCCGGUCCGCGCCAAGUUGAGGGAUGGCUACGGUGUUGGUUCUGGAUGA